CGAGAACAAAGGGAGCAUGUGGUAGCGGCACGAGCACUGGCAAUGCGAGCUACGUAUUUACAUACUCGCGCUGCCCACUUCCCUGCUCACUGCCGUGGAAGUGGGCUGCAUGUACACCCGGUAUAAGGAUUUUUGGUGAAUGUUUGUUUUUAGUGACGUUAAAGAUUAAUAGUAGUAGUUUGCAACAAUAAACGCAGAAAAGAUGUGAAAAUGAAGUUUCACAGAAUACCUAGAGAUUUUAACAUGAGGAAGUUGUGGUUACAUGCUAUAAGAAGAGAAAACUUUACUUCCAGUACAACAACGGUAAUUUGUGGAAAGCAUUUCACUCCAGAGGAUUAUGAAGUUAAUGUUCAUGGAAAUAAUGUGCUCAAAAAGUCGGCAGUUCCAUCUGAGUUUGAUUUUCCAGCCCAUCUCAAGAAAGAACCUAGACAUCGAAGGGUUUUAAAAAGAAAACAUGGAGAAUCCAACUCAAAAGCAACAGAACAAACUUCGGAUAUUGGUGAAGUAGAAGAAGAACCUGAAAAUGGCGAUCAUGUUGAUGAUUGAAAUAUAUUGGCAGCUGAUCCGUCAAACGUAACACAAAAACUAGGAUUUUUAGAAUCAAGUGAACCUUCAAACAUAUGCAAUUUAAGGUAAGUGUCGUUGAACUUUGAGUUUCUCAUUUGUUAGAACCUUUUUUUGUUUGUAGAUCAUAAGAUCCCCCCAUAGCACG